AUGUCCGCAGAUCUGCUGGCAGAGUUCGGGCAGGCGCCUGCUCCAGACCAUAAGUCCGGACAUCAGCCAUCGCAAUACCAGAAAAGCCCAUUCUUCGAUGUCGGCGAGAACAUAGAUUUCUUCGGGUCAUCGGGAAGUGUUCAGCACAACAAACGUCCCAAUCCGACCCCGGGAGCAGUCAGUCAAUUUGCAACUCCAACAGCUUCGUGGCAGAGCCCUGGUCAUCAGGCAUUUGACAUUCCCAUGAAUCCACAUAGCGAUGUUUUAUUCGAUGCAGCAUUUGACACACCAGCAAGUGAUACAGACGACGACUGGGGUGAAUUUGAGGGCCCUGAAUCAAACACCCAAGAUGACCAAUCAACAGCUCUUCAGCAUUCAACGACAGCUACAUCUCGAAAACCAGAGUCUUGGCAAGAUGAUCUGCAGGGUUCUAAAGCCAUUGACUUGCUAGAUUCACUCUCAAUGCAAGAUUCCGCACCAGUUGUGGGACCUCCGUCGAAAAUUGCCAAAACGGACCGACAACUCGAACCUGGUAACAACCAAACCCAGGGGACAUGGGAGGAUGAUUCGUUUGGUGACUGGGGCGAUUUCGCCGAUGCACCUGCUAGCCAACCUCUCCCAAAAGUCUCUGAGAAGAAAAGCAAACCACCUACAAAACAACCUCUCAAGUCAAAUAAGCCGCCUGCAUCAACAUGGGAUGACGAGGCCUUUGACGACUGGGGUGACUUUUCAGACGGGCCCAGUGUGAAGCCCACUGUUAAGCCUGUGCCUAAAUCCAAGCCCACCUCACCACCGACAGCCCCUAACCCAGCUCCUAGUAGCUUUGUUUCUGGGACCACAGCCCCCGCAGCCACUGUCCGCCCAACAAAUAUUCCACCGCCAUCAGUCCUUCUCGAGUUAUUCUUAGAUGUGUUUGAGAAACUUCAGAAGGAGGCUGCACUCGCAAAAUCCCAGCUGCGAUCUUCGGCCCCACAGUCAUCGUCAAACACCCUUACAACGACAGCCUUAAAUAUUCACAACGUACUUCAGUCGGCCGCCCGCGUAAUUGCAGGGCGAGGUCUCCGGUGGAAACGUGACACAAUCCUUAGUCAAAGCAUGCGAAUCGGGCCUGCCCGUUCCGGCAAAGCCGGUGGUAUGAAACUUAACAGCGUGAACAAGCAAGAGAACAUCAAAGAAGAACAAGAUGCUGUUGAUGUGCUUACUACUUGGCGUGAACGGGCGGCGAUUUUCAACGCUGUUCUUCAAGCUGCAGGCCAGCGACCAAUCCCUACGGUGCCAGAUCCUAGUGCGCUUAAGGUUAUUACGGCGCGGGCGGACCAGGGCGCACUAAAGGCCUCCCAUCCAUGCGCACUCUGUUCUCUUAAGAGAGAUGAGCGGGUAUUACGAGUGGAUGAACAAAAUGUUCAAGAUAGCUUCGGAGAGUGGUGGACUGAGCAUUGGGGUCACACAGCAUGCAGACAAUUUUGGGAGAGGAAUCGAAAUUUGCUCGGCCAGCGUUGA